AUGAAUACAAUUUACAUUCAACAAAGCAUUCCUAAUUAUGUUAAUUUUUCGGACUUUGACGAAAUGCUAGAAGAUCAAUUCAUUCGAAAACUUGACAGGAAUGAAUUAUUCAAUCCUAAUAUUACGGCCGAUGAAUUAUUAAAACCACUCCCGAACGAAAUAAAAAAGAUUCCUCGAUCUAUGAACAGUUUUCUUUGUUUUAGACGUAAAAUUUAUUUAUUAGCAGUCGAGGGCGGAUUCAUUGAUGAAAUUAGAGACGGGAGGUUCCUUACGAAUGUGGUUACAAAAGUCUGGAAACUUGCUAGUUCUGAACAAAAAAAUAUUUAUACUCAAAUAGCUAGAGAAGUUCGAAAAAUCGAUCAUACCAGGUAUAAAGGGAUCAAGGUUGAAAAAACCGUAAAAAACAAUGUAAAUUCAUUUGUCAAUACAUAUAUGGUUAAUUUUGGCAAGACAAAGACUUCUCGAAGGAAUAAUUCUCGAACUCGCAACACCAAAAAAUCCAUAAGAACAAAUUUAUAUCCUACAGAAUUAUUUUUUCCACCUCCAAUUAUUGAUAAUUCUGUAAUUCCCAUUGAUACUUCGUCUUCGUUUUUUAGUACAAUUGGUAAUAUUGAUAAUAUUGAUAAUAUUGAGAAUUUUCCAUUCAUUAUUCCUAUGUUUGAUGAUUAUAAUUUGGAUUAUAAAAUUCAAGAUUAUGAACAUGAACAUAAUGAAAAUAAAGUCAGAAAUGGAAGAGUAACAAAAUCAACUACUAAAAAUGAUUCAUCAAACAAGUCUUCAAUUUUAAAUCAAAAACAAUUAGACAUAUAUAAUUCUAUAAAUUGGGUUAGUUUCUGGCAAAAGUCAGUCGAUAAACCAGACAUUCCACAACCGAGAAGUGGUGAUGGAAAUGUUCCGCGUUGGCCAAAUUCUUAUAUGAUAAUGAAGAGCGUGGUGUCCAAGUUAAUGAAAGAUCUAGACGGAAAAAGUGAUGGUGUAGAUAUUACAAAAAUCAGCGCUUAUGCUUGGAAGAAAGCCACGAACGAACAACGCCAGAAAUUUAAGGACGCCUUUAAUUUAAUGAAAGUAGAAUAUACGAAGGCUUAUCCAAAUAAACCCUAUCACCAACCCAAAAGGGAAAUUUGGAAUCAAGUUCAAUUCAAUGAUACACCAACACCUUCACAUUCUUCUUCACCUUAUCUUCCUUCAUCUUCUAUUCCUUCAUCUUCUAUUUCUUCACCUUCUAUUCUUUCUAAUCCUCCUUCUUCUCUUCCUGUUCCUCCUUUUUCAAACAUGGUUCAAAAUAUCAAUUUUGAUUCGAUUGCUAAUAAUAGUGAUGGCAUUGAAGUAGAUUAUUUUAAUAAUGUGAAUGUGAAUAAUACUAACACUUAUCCAAAUUAUCCUUAUGAAGAUAAUGCUUUAUAUGGAGAUAAUGCUUCACCCAAUAGCCAUUUUUAUUUACAAUACGACGACUUAAAUGAUUUUAUCGAUGCCGACGGCUUAUUUAACGGUAAAAAAAAUAUUUUCUCUUCUAUUGUUCCAUCGAACGCUCCUUCGAACGAACACGACACUCCCACUUAUUCUUCAAGUUCCGAUAAAUCUACUGCUUCCAAGAAUUCAAACAAAGUAUGUGACAAUAUGAAUUGUUACUGUGGAACGCAUUUACCGGAUGAAUUGGGGUUUUAUUCUGGACCUUAUUAA